AUGGUCGUCGCCGCGCUGAUGGCCGUCGGUGUGCUCGCCCUAAUAAAUGUUAACGUGGAGGCCGAAGCCCCGGCGCCAGAAAGCCCUCCCCGUCGAAUCACACAAACGCAGCCGCAAGAAGAUCAGCCAGCCUCCAAAAACCCGCUGCUCCCCGACACGGACGGCGCCAACAGGCAGCGCCAACGAAAACGGGAUUGGGCCAAAAAGGUCUAUCAAAGCCUUACGCAAACGUCCCGUUUGGAUGAUGGAGGUGGGAUCCUUGAGCCGAGGGAUGAAAAGCUCAUUCGAAGGAACUCCACGGCAACGCCCCUCCAAAUGGCUAAAGAGAUAAAACGUCGCACAAUGCACUACUUCCGUCCAAAGAAUGGCGGCAACCACAUCGGAAGUCGCGAAGCCCUACCACGCCCGCCAAUGGAAUUCUUUGAGCCGGCUGACCUGCCCGAGAUCCCGAUGAAUCUGACGCCCGAAGUCUUCUACAUCAUGCACAAUCUAAAGAUGCUGGAGCUUCCGGCCGAGUGGCGACUAGAUCCGAAGGAAAUCCAUGUGCGGCAAUAUGAGGCUGGGGAAUAUGUCGUGAGCCCGGGUGAUGAUGACGACAGCAUCUUUGUGCCGCUAGAAGGAGCUCUGGCUGUCUACAUUUCGCCGACCGAGGGCAAGGACAGCAAAGGAUACUUGGUCAAGAAAAUCUACCGCGGAAGCGCGUUCUUCUCCUUGCUCUCCAUGCUCGACAUCCUUAUGGACCACCCAUCCGUCUUCAAGACGGUCAGCCUCCGCGCCAUCGAGAGCACAAAAGUGGCGCGCUUCUCCAUCCGAUCGUUCGUCGAUGCCUACAAGGAAAAUCCGCACUCCUGGUCCAGGCCGAUUCAGAUAGUCUGCACACGCCUUCUACACGUAACGAUGACCACUCUGCACAACUACAUGGGCCUCAGCUCGGAGCUGAUGAAGCCGCGACCCAAGGACAUCCGGGCCAAGCUUCUAUCUUCGGCCAGCGGAAGUGCUUUGGUCGAGCCCGCCGGCAGCCGCAAGGGGCGCAAGAACUCUGGACGCGGAAAAACUCAGAAUGCCUAUUUAGACGCAAGCCCCGAUGAAAAGCCGGAAAUCGCCGCAAAAUGGUUUGCCGAUGCCCUGAAGCUGGUCAAACCUACCGACUAUAAACUACUGGGCGAGCUGAAAAUUCAGGCGUUCGAAGAAGGUGACAUCAUCAUCGAGCAGGGCUGCGAGGAGGAGCGACUGGCGCUCGUCCUCACCGGGACCAUUUGCCUCAACCAGGACCCCGUCUUCCCCGACCCAGAAGAUUCUGAAGAGGUGGAAGCCGAAGAGAAAUGGGCCACCACCAUCGGGCCAAAAGAGUUGAUCGGCGGGUUGCAGGUGCUCACCAACGAGCCUUCCUUCUAUACGUAUCGGGCAAAGACAGGCGCGUUAAUCGCCUUUCUCGAGAAGGAUACAAUUUUGUCGCUCAUCGAGAAGCGGCCGAUCGUCUAUUUGUCGGUCGCCCAUUCCGUGCUGUCCCGGCUCUCUUCAUUUGUUCGGGGCGUCGAUUUUGCUCUGGAUUGGGUGCUCGUCGACAGUGGACAAGCAGCUUACAAACAAGGCGAUAUCCCGGAUUCGAUUUUCGUCGUGCUCUCCGGACGUUUGCGCUCUGUCGAGAAGAAAACGGUCAUUGAGGAGUUCGGGCGCGGCGAUGUUUUAGGAAUGAUUGAGCUCCUCCAAAAGAAGCCUCGCGCAACAACGGUGCUGGCGGUGCGAUUUUCGCAGCUGGCCAAAAUCCCGGAGGGCCUUCUCAAUUUCAUCAAGAUGUCCUAUCCACAGGUCGGCUUCCGUCUUGUCCACCUACUUGGCCAAUACUACACUCAACUUCACCGUCGCUCCAUCAACGCUCCAUCGGCUCCGACCCGAUUCGUUGAUCAGACCGGCGCCGAUCCGAUGAGCCACAUCAAGAAUCUACGAACGAUCGCGGUUAUCCCGGCUUUCCCGGAAGUCCCGCUGACUCCAUUUACCUGCGAGCUCUACCGGGCCCUCAGCAACAAUUGCCGGGUGAUUCGCCUGAGUGCUGACAAAGUGGGUCGCUGCCUGCACCCGGACGUACUUGAUAAGCAAGCCGACUUCCGUCUCAUGCACUGGCUGAACGUGCAGGAGGAGUCUUACUCGCUGGUCAUCUACGAGUGUGACUACACCGCAACGAAUUGGACCCGUCGAUGCCUUCGCCAAGCCGACGCCAUUCUUCUGGUCGGCAUUGGGACGAAGGCGCCACCACGUCAUUCUUUGAUUGAUGAGGUGUACGCCCUAAACCAGCAAGACGGCCUGCGCGCCAACAAGGAAUUGGUGCUGUUGUGGCCCGAAGACACGACAACGCCAACCGGAACCUACCAAUGGCUGAAGGGUUCCUACUUCUCUGGCCAUCACCAUAUCAGGGCGCCGAAGCGCAUGUUCAAGUGGCCAUUGCAAGGCGAUGGUACUAAGAAGUUCUCCGAGCAACAAAUUGUCGAGUACUACGAGGAGAACGUGUUCUGCGAGAAGGUCGACAUCCGCUCCGAUUUUGGCCGGUUGGCCCGCAUCCUCACUGGCAAUUCGAUUGGGCUUGUGUUGGGCGGUGGAGGGGCCAGAGGCGCCGCCCACAUUGGUGUGAUCCACGCGAUGACUGAGCUCGGGAUCCCCGUGGACAUGGUCGGCGGGACGAGCAUCGGCUCGAUGAUCGGAGGCCUCUUUGCCGAGACCCCGGACUCUGCCCUUGGGCCGCGUGCCAAGAAUUGGUUUAUGGGCAUGUGCUCAUUCUGGCGCAAGAUCUGGGAUCUCACCUACGCGCACACUGCCAUGUUCACCGGCGCCGGCUUCAACAAGACGCUACGCGAUCUUUUCGGCGACCGUGAGAUUGAAGACUUGUGGAUCCCGUACUUCUGCAUCUCGACGGAUAUUAGCACUUCCGAGAUGCGUGUCCACCGUUCCGGACCACUUUGGGCCUACGCCCGGGCUUCAAUGUCUCUGGCCGGCUACCUUCCACCGAUUUGCGAUCCCCAAGAUGGGCACCAUCUCCUCGAUGGUGGAUAUGUCAACAAUCUGCCGGCCGACGUGAUGAGGCUCGUCCUUCGU